AUGAGCACCGUCCCCGACGUCUUCGCCCCCAUCUCCACCGACAUCCCGCUCUUCGAUGUCUACACCAGCCACCCCGUCCGCCCGAAGUCGCUCAAGGUCGACGACGCAACGCCUCUGCAGACGAACAAGUUCUACGCGAACCUCUUCCUCGGGUCGCAGAGCCAGCCGGUGUGGCUGCACCCGUUCAGCGUCUGGUGGAGCAAGGGCGACGCGGGCGUGCUGCGCAGCUGGGGCCUGAGCGUCUCGCACGUCGACCGGGACCAGAAGGCGUACGGGCCCGACCCCUCCGCGGACCCGGUGCAGUACUACAUCAACCCGGUGGGCGUCCAGUCGUUCACCUUCUCCGCCGCCGAGUUUGCCCCCGCGCGCUCGUACAUCUCGCUCGCCGAGCCGACGCAGUUCUCCGUCUUCCUCAACCUCCACCUGGGCCCCGGGCAGCACAAGCAACGCAUCACCUUCCCGCUCGUGCAGGGCAGCGGGUUCAUCACGGGCGUGUACACCGAGCUCACGCCCAAAUUCGAAAGCGGCGUGUUCUUCCGGCAUGUGCGCCAGGAGAAGCACCCCGCGCCCGGGCUGCUCAAGUGGAGGAUCAUACUCGAAGACGGAAAGACGUGGCUCCUCUACGCGCACAGCACGACCGGGCAGGGCCUCACACUCCAGCUCGUCAACAACUCCUGCCUCCUCGCCUCCGCCCCCUUCACCGGCGUCGUCCAGCUCACCAAGCUCCCCGCCUCCGCCCCGCAGCUCGAAAGCCUCGCCGACGCCUCCACCGGCGCAUUCCCCACCGGGCUCUCCCUCGCCGGCUCUGUCAGCCGCGCCGUGGGUACCUACAGCUUCACCUUCCACAAAGCCGGCGCGGCGGCGGCGGCGGCGCCCCUCCUGAUGUACUGCCUCCCGCACCACCUGCAGUCCUUCGACGCCGCCACCGCUGCGCGCGCGCACCCGCGCGCGGGGCUGCCGUCCACGACCAAGGGGUUCAUGGCCGCCGUCGUGUCCGACCGGUGGGUCAUGGCCGAGCCCGGGCUCCCAGUCGACAUCGGCUUCUCUCCCGCCCGCCGCUCGUCCGAGGUCUCGGAUGCGGCGAAGCGGGUUAUACGCGCGGCGGCGGUGGAGGAGGCGGAGCAGGACGCGGGCGCGCAGAGCGAUCUGGAUAGCAUGUAUUUCAGCGGGAAGGCGGUGGACAAGUUUGCUUGUCUGGCGUGCGCGGCGUGGGACGCUCUGAGGGAGAGGGAGUUGGUGGGGGGGUUGCUGGAGAAGGUGAGGGAGGCGCUCGCGCGGUUUGUGGAGAACCGGCAGAAGUUCCCGCUCGCGUACGACGGGGUGUGGAAGGGCCUCGUUACGACCGCGAUAUACAAAACGGGAGACUUGAUGAGCGACUUUGGGAAUGGAUGCUACAACGACCACCACUUCCACUACGGCUACUUCGUGCACGCAGCCGCGGUCGUCGCCCGCCUGGACAAGGAGCUGCACAACUCCACCGCGUGGCUCGACGCGCACCGCGACUACGUCAACACCCUCAUCCGCGACGCAGCCAACCCGAGCGAGCGGGACACGCACUUCCCCGCCUCGCGCGCCUUCGACUGGUUCCACGGGCACAGCUGGGCAAAGGGGCUGUUCGAGUCCGCCGACGGGAAGGACGAGGAGUCGACGUCCGAGGACGCGUAUUUCUCGUAUGCGCUCAAGCUGUGGGGCGCCGUCACGCGCGACGCGGCGACGGAGGCGCGCGGGAGCUUGAUGCUCGCGCUGCAGCGGCGCGCCUUCCGGAACUACUUCUUGAUGGAGGAGGGGAACGGCAACCAGCCGCCGCGCUUUGUCGCGAACAAGGUCGCUGGGAUCCUGUUCGAGAACAAAUGCGACCACGCGACGUACUUUGGUAUGGAGACGCACUUCAUCCAGGGCAUCCACAUGAUCCCCGUCUCGCCCAUCUCGCCGUACAUCCGCUCGGCAACCUUCAUCAAGCAGGAGUGGGAGCGCUAUUUCUCCGCAGGCCGCGUCGACCAGGUGGAGGGCGGAUGGAGGGGGAUUUUGUACGCGAAUUAUGCUAUCAUAGAGCCUAAAGCCGCUUGGGAGUUUUUCGCGAGCUCGAGUUUCAAGAACGAGUGGUUGGAUCAGGGCGCGAGCAGGACGUUGUACCUCACCCUCGCAGCUGGUAGGUGCUUCUUCGAAUCGUGA